AUGGCCAGGACACUCGACGAUUUCCCGAUCACGCGGCAUUGGAAGCCGCGCAAUCCCGAACUGCUGCAGCUCUACUCCUACCCCACGCCCAACGGGGUGAAGGUGUCGAUCGCACUCGAGGAACUGGGCGUGCCCUAUGACGCGCACACCGUGCCGCUGGGCGAGACGACGACACCGGCCUUCCUGUCGCUGAACCCCAACAACAAGAUACCGGCGAUCAUCGAUCCCGACGGACCCGAUGGCGAACCGUUCGGCCUCUGGGAGUCGGGCGCCAUCCUCAUCUAUCUGGCUGAAAAGCAUGGUGGACUUCUGCCAUCGGACGCGGCGCGGCGCGCCGAAACGCUGCAAUGGCUGAUGUUCCAGAUGGGCGGCGUCGGGCCGAUGUUCGGCCAGUAUGGCUUCUUCGGCGUCUUCGCCGGCAAGGAAAUCGAGGAUCCGCGGCCCCGCGAGCGUUACGUGAACGAGGCGCGGCGGCUCCUGGGUGUGCUCGAAGGUCGGCUUGCCGAUGGCCGCGACUGGAUCAUGGGCGACGAGUACACGAUCGCCGACAUCGCGAUCUUCCCCUGGGUGCGCGGCGCCAAGAUAUUCUACAAGGCCGAAGAGCCGUUCGAGAUGGCCGCGCGGCCAAAUGUCAUGGCGUGGCUCGACCGCUGCAUCGCGCGCCCGGCCUCCGGGCGCGGACUCGUCCAGCCGCCGGUCGAGUGA